AUGGGAGCUGCUGAGUCUUCCGACUACAACAACCGAUCUUCACUGCUGGACGAAUACGCACAACGUGACUUGCUUAAUCAGCUCAGAGACUUGUCUGCUUUCCAGGCAAUUCAACAAGACACCGGAGAACAGGUAAGGCACUUAACUGAGUCGAUCGUGAAUAUAAAGUGUAGUGUGUAGUUUCUGCUGGUCUAUCUUGUAGUCUCGUCUACUUUAAUCAUCACAUUUAAGGAAGAAAGUGAAGGUACGUCUUCGAAUUCAAUGUCGUUUGGUGAUGUAUCGGAUAACCGACAUUAUCGGGUGAUAAGAUCCAACAACGAUGCGAUUAAAAAGGUUGGUUUUUAGUUGAUAAGUUGUAUUUUAUAUUUAAAAAUUUUGAGUUGAUCGUUUUAAUUAUAUUUUUAGAGUUACAACGAGCUGUUGGUGGAUACUUCAAUAAGAGCAGGGACUUAUAGUGACAGUAAAUGUUGCCAUCACAACAGUUUAUGCACUUUGUUACAACAACGAGAACUGGGGGCACAGUGGAGGCCGUGCUGUGAUCGAAGGCUAUACCGAAAUAGAAGCAGUGGGUUUUCGUUAGGAGAGAAGACAGGAUACAGUAACAAGUAAGUUAUAUCACCCUUUGUAUCUCAUGUUCAGAUUUCUUGCGAACUCUCGUCAUAAGUUGGAUGCGAUCCGAUCGAAGACGUUUUGUGCCUUUCACGUUCCUAAUGAUCAAGGCAUUAUCACAGCCAGUCAGGACCACAAGAUACGAUGGUACAAAAGCAACUCGGACGACGGUUAUUACCUGUACAAAGUCAUCGAUGUGCCUUAUGUUGGAUGGACUAUAUUAGAUGUUAUAGUCAGUCCAGACGGCCGUGAUUUGGUGUAUUCAACAUGGAACGACGCUAUGUACCAAUGUGCCUUGGAAGGGGACGUCGAGAACUGGCUGCCAUUGAGAGUCGAAGCUCAGGAAUCCAGGUAAAAAUAGUGCUGAGAAGUGUGGUUUAUAAUAUUACAAUAGACUCAUCGUCGUAUUUUAGGUUUGCGCUGUUUUCGAUUCGAUUUAACAGCUCAGGAACAGAGAUUGUAGCCGGCUCUACAGACAGGUAUAUGUACAUCUACGACAGAGAAUCGCAGCGAUGUGUGCUGUCAGUUAACGCUCACGAUGACGACGUUAAUGCUGUAUCAUUCGUGGAUCAAAGUUCGCACUUGAUACUGACUGGUGCUGAUGACGGACUGAUUAAGGUAAGUGAUGUAUUCUUGAUUAAAAUGGUAGAUGAUCGUAAAUAACCGUACAAUGAAUUAUUUUCACCUAACUAUUUGAAGGUGUGGGAUAGGAGGACGAUAGGAUCAAGCAAUCGGGCUGAACCUGUGGGCAUAAUGGCAGGCCAUUACGACGGUGUAACGUACCUGGAUUCUCGAGACGACGGUCGUUAUUUCCUCUCAAACUCCAAAGAUCAGUCGAUAAAACUGUGGGAUUUGAGACAUACAGCUUCACAGACAGCAGUUGUAAGUGGCUACUAAUUGUAGUAUUAUUAAAAGUACAUCUGAAGUAUACGUAUAUUAACCUACAUGGUUUCAGAAGAACACGUUAAAUUCAGUUCAAUCCCAACAAUGGGACUACAGGUACCAAAGAGCCCCAACGGAAAUGAAUCAAGAGCUAAUGGACGGAGACUGCUCAGUACUAACCAUGAAAGGGCAUUCCGUUCUUCAUACUCUAGUGAGGGCCAAGUUCUCUCCAGAAUCGACUGGCAAACGAUACAUUUACACUGGGUGUGCUACUGGAAACUGCGUCGGUAAGUGAGCAUGAUCGAGAUUCAAUACGUUUUAGUUUAUGACAUAAUUGACGGGAAAAUGAAGGCCAAAUUUGGUGGCCACAAAAGCGUCGUGAGAGACUGUUCCUGGCAUCCGGAGAACAACGAGAUUGUCACCGCUUCUGUGAGUUCAAUGUUUUUUAUUAUUGAGAAUACUAAAAAAAUAUUUAAUAUUAUAUUCGAAACGUUAAUGCUAAAGUUGUUUUAUAACUCGGCCUUAUUACAGUGGGACGGUGCCACCUCCUUCUGGAACUACGCUUCAUCGUUAGAGAAACGAACAGAAAGUGCCAUUCUAUCACCUUCGAAGAUAGUCAAGAAACGGAAAAGGCGAUAA